AUGCUAUGGAUCCUAGCAAAACAUCCCGAUUUCCAGGAUAAGUUAAGGAAAGAACUUCAAGAGGCAAGUGCCACACCAACGUCAAUGGCUGAUACAAUUCCAGUAAGCGGGGAUGGAGAGCCGAUUCAUAUUGCAGCUGGAGAAGAUACUUUCAAUUCAUCCAAAGAGGUCUUUGGACCAGAUGCUGAAGUGUUUCGUCCAGAUAGAUGGAUUGAAACGGAUCCAGUGGGUUCUUUACCUGGCAUUUGGUCACGUUUGUUGACAUUCUUAGGUAGACCUAGAGCAUGCAUUGGGUAUCAAUUUACUCUUAUGGAAUUGAAAGUGUUGGUCGCUGUGAUCAUAUGUCAUUUAUCAAUCUUCUUACCCAUCCUGGCACGGCUUGCCUUCCACACCACUUGCGCCAUCAGCUCCCACGUGCAACCAUUCUGA